UUGAAAAUUCAGACUCUCAGCAAUAAAGUGAAAGGUAGAGUGGAAUCCGAUGUCUGAGAAAAUGGAGGGGAAUGGGAAAAGCGAGCAAAUCGUGGACGUUGGAUCGGUGGUGGAAGCCGUUUCCGCUGACGACGGUGACGCUCCUCUCUACAGCCUCGAAAGUCUUUGCAUGCGUUGCGGUGAAAACGGGAUUACAAGAUUUUUAUUGACUUUAAUUCCUCACUUUAGAAAGAUUUUGUUAUCUGCUUUUGAAUGUCCUCACUGUGGUGAGAGGAACAAUGAAGUACAGUUUGCUGGUGAAAUUCAACCGCGUGGUUGUUGUUUCACUCUAGAGAUCCCAUCAGCCGAACAGAAGAUGCUCAAUCGACAAGUGGUAAAGUCAGAAUCUGCUACCAUUAAGAUACCUGAACUGGACUUUGAGAUUCCUCCAGAGGCUCAGCGUGGUAGUCUGUCAACGGUGGAAGGGAUACUAAUGAGAGCAGCUGAUGAACUUCAGGCCCUUCAAGAAGAACGCAAAAAAGUGACUCCAGAGACAGCUGAAGCAAUUGAUCAGUUCUUGGUGAAACUGCGAGCCUGUGCAACAGGGGAAUCAGCCUUCACUUUUAUUCUUGAUGAUCCUGCUGGAAACAGCUUCAUUGAAAACCCGUUUGCUCCAUCAUCUGAUCCAUCUCUAACUAUCAAGUUUUAUGAGAGAACACCUGAGCAGCAAGCAACAUUGGGAUACCUUGUCGAAUCCUCACAGAUUGAAGGAACUCAUGAAGCGCCAGAAGUGGGACAAGCCGUGACUACUGAUCAAGUGAGGAGAGAACCACAUGGGUCAAUAGGGGCAACAGCUGGUCAUCGAGCCAUUGCACAGAGUAAUAGUUCAGAAAUUGCUGAAUCCUUAUUUCGGUAUACUGCACCAGAAGAGGUGAUGACCUUUCCAUCUUCUUGUGGCGCCUGUGCCACUAAAUGCGAGACUCGAAUGUUUGUCACCAAUAUUCCUUACUUCCAAGAAGUAAUCGUUAUGGCAUCCACAUGUGAUGCCUGUGGUUACCGCAACUCUGAGUUGAAACCUGGUGGGCGAAUUCCUGAAAAAGGAAAAAGAAUUACUCUUUAUGUGAAGAAUGUUAAUGACCUGAGCCGUGAUGUAAUAAAGUCUGAUACUGCAAGUGUAAAAGUUCCUGAACUUGACUUGGAGCUGGCAAGUGGCACCCUUGGAGGAAUUGUUACAACUGUUGAAGGUUUAAUUACAAAAAUUAGUGAAAGCCUUGAGAGGGUCCAUGGCUUUACUUUUGGAGAUAGUCUUGAUGAACAUAGGAAAAGCAAGUGGAUAGACUUUAAAGCAAGGCUAAACAAGCUUCUUAGUUUGGAAGAAGCUUGGACGCUAAUUCUUGAUGAUGCAUUAGCCAAUUCUUUUGUAGCACCUGCAACUGAUGAUCUGAAAAACGACAAUCAAUUAGCAUUUGAGGAAUAUGAGAGAUCAUGGGAACAAAAUGAAGAAUUAGGUCUGAAUGAUAUGGACACCUCUUCUGCCGAUGUUGCUUAUGAAUCAACAAAUACUGCCAAAACUGAGUGAACGUGUAAUUUGACUAAUUUGCUCUCCUCACACCCCAACCAAAACAAAUGAAGGGAAGCUGUUGUGAAAGGAAGAUUUUUUGUGCCAGUUUGAUAUCAAUGAGAUAGAGAAAGGAUGGAAAAGUCAGUUUUUCGUCAGCCUCGUGUAAUGGCUGAUUAAUUUUUUAGUAUGUAAGCAAGCCCAUUAACUUGUAUCAUUCUUCUAAAAUAGUUUUGUCGUAAAGAUGUAAUCUCACAUGAAUUGUUUAGUUAAUUUUGUUUUUGUAGACACCCGAAAUUGUUUCUUUAACAUUUUUCUCUCUCUUUUGCCCACCUUUUUUAAUUUAGGGGCGACGAUUACCAAAGGUUAUGAUCAGUGUAUAUUUUUUGGUAUCAACAUUGGUACAGUUGAAGUGUAGUUAGAUAUUAUUAAGUAGA